AUGCACACCCCAACCAUCCUCCUCAUCGCGGCCGCCGCCAGCGCCGCCGUCGCCGCGCCCGUCACCACCAUCAAGCCUACCGACUCAACCAACCCUACCAGCAAGAUCAACCAGAACGCCCCCGUCGCCGCCGCACUUGCCUCCGCCGGCAUGGUCGACACCGAAGGCCACUGCAUGCACCCUCUGCACGACGGCCUCGCGUACCCACCGCGUGCCGCCCUCUAUGCUGCUGACACCGCCGCCGUUGACGCCGUCGCUCUUGACGCCGCCGCUGUUGACGCCGCCGCCGCCUCUGUCGUCGCUGGCCACGUAGACGAGGAAGAGACACAAGAGCAGUACAACAAGAAGCUCGUCAAGAUGGACAAGGCUCGUGAGCACGGUGUUGUUUGCACUGUUUUGUAG